AUGACCACAAUAGAGUUUCUACGAUCAGGAACUACACCUUCUGAUCGGGAGGAAGCUCGCUUAUUGAGAAGAAGGGUUGGUCGCUUCACCUUAGUCAAGGACCAGCUCUACAAGAAGGUCUUAUUCAGGCCAUUGCUUAAAUGCGUCAGAUCAGAGGAUGCCGACUAUAUACUGCAAGAAGUACACCAAGGCUCCUGUGGAGGGCAUCUGGGCGGUCGGGCACUAGCAAGAAAGAUCUUGCUGGGCGGACAGUUCGCCGGACGGAAACUCAAAGAGUGGUGUGAGGAGUAUGGAAUCCAGCAUGCCUUCACCUCCGUAGUGUAUCCUCAGAGCAACGGACAAGUUGAAGUCGCCAAUCGAGAGAUCUUGCGGAUUUUGCGAGUUCGACUCGACCACAUCGGAGGGAGCUGGGUGGACGAGCUCCCCGGUGUGUUAUGGGCAAUACGCACGACCCCUAAGGAAGGCACGGGGAUAACCCCAUUCCACCUUGUGUACGGCGAUGAAGCGAUCGUCCCGGUCGAGGUCGGAGUCGAAUCCAAUCGAAUACAACACUACAGCGAAGACAACGCCGAGCGGAGGCUUCUGGAGCUGGACUUUGUGGAUGAGACACGCGAUAAAGAAGUCGUUCGGCUGAUGGCUUAUAGGUAG